UUGCUUCUUUUUAAGUAACAAAGACUACUAUAUAGUUAUUGUAAGUGUCUUCUUAAGACAUUCUAGUAUAUCGUGUAAAAAAAAACAACAUUUUAAGCUAGUGUUUAAUUAUAAUUUGUAAAUCAUGGGAAGAGCUCCUUGUUGUGACAAAACCAAAGUUAAAAGAGGACCAUGGUCUCCUGAGGAAGACAAUAUUCUCAAGAAUUAUCUUGAGAAAAAUGGCACUGGUGGCAAUUGGAUUUCUUUGCCUCAAAAAGCAGGUUUAAAGAGAUGUGGAAAGAGUUGCAGACUAAGAUGGCUUAAUUAUCUUAGGCCAGACAUCAAACAUGGAGGGUUCACUGAGGAAGAAGAUAACAUUAUUUUAACUCUUUAUAGACAAAUUGGAAGCAGGUGGUCGGUGAUAGCUGCAAAUUUACCAAGAAGGACAGAUAAUGAUGUGAAGAAUCAUUGGAAUACCAAGUUGAAGAAAAAACAUUUGGCAGCACAAAAUAAUAAUUUUCUAGACAUAGGCUACAAUUUCACCAACAAUAUUAAUUCUAGUGAUUUGAAUCACAAUUAUUCAAGAAAUUAUUAUGGGAAAUUGGAUUAUUCUAACACAUUCACAAGUCAUAUGGACCCAAAUGUAACCAAUUAUUCAAGUAAAAAUUGUGAUCAAUUCCCUCUUCCAACCUUGAUGGAAAUUCAAGAAAAUGAUGCAACAAUUCAAUCAGUUCAAGAAGAUAGUUCCUUGGACUCGUGUCAGAUUCUCCAGAAAUAUGUUACUUUUGAAGAAACCAACAUGUGCGCGUCGACGUUUUUGAAAAGUACGAGCAACACAAGUUGUAAUUAUAUGGAUUUGAGCUCCGGAAUUUCAUCAUCAUCAUCUUACUAUGAUGACAUUCUUGAAAAUGGUUUUGAUUUUCAAGAAAAUGAUAUAGGAGGAGUUGAUCCAAAUUCUUCAUAUUACAAUAAUAUUCUUGAAAUUGAUCAACUUUUCAAAGGAUUUGAAAAUUAGCUAAGGGGCUAGAUUUAAUAUAUGAAAAUAAUAUGAGGGACAAGUAGGUUUAUUUUAUUAAGACUUGCACUUACUUUUUCUAUUUUAGGUUCCUAGCUACUUAUUUAGGUUUUAAGAUAAUGUUGUAUGUAUAUAUGACUCUUUAAUAGUCAAGAAUAUUGAAAUUAUCUUAUUCCA